AUGACCAAACAGAACAUGGAGUCACAGUCUGCUACAAUCAAGCGUCUUGAGACAACCGUUGGACAACUCUCAGGGACCUUGAACCAGAUGCAACAGCAGCAACAACCAGGGAAGCUCCAUGGCCAAGGAUUGAAACCUCAUCAAGCUCAAGCUGUCACAGUCCUACAGAGUGGAAAGAAGGUGGACAACAAAGUGGAGAUCCCUACUGACGAGCUCCCUAAGGAAACUUGUGAGGAGGAGAUGGUGAAAGAAGUACCCCCACCGAGAGAAGAAGAACAGCAAGGAGAGUCCUCGGUGAAGCUUCACAAGGCCACCAAGCCUUACAGACCACCGAUCCCGUACCCAGGUCGGUUGAGGAAUGAGAAACAAGAUCAACAAUUCACCGACUUCUACAACAUGUUGGCAAAGGUGAAUGUCAACUUGCCACUCCUGGACGUGAUCAGAAAUGUUCCGGCCUAUGUGAAGUUCUUUAAAGAGCUGGCGACCAAGAAGAGGAAGUUUGUUGACAACGAGAAGAUUCUUGUGUCCGAGGUUGCCAAUUCCAUCAUGCAACAGCCCUUGCCACCCAAGCAACGAGAUCUAGGUAGUUUUGUUAUCAAUAUUGCUUUGGGGAAUGGUAAGGAGGCCUCGGAUAGAUCAGUUAGGUAUCCUCGUGGGGUCAUUGAGGAUAUUUUAGUUAGAGUGGGUGGUUUAAUCGUGCCUGUCGAUUUUGUUGUGCUAGAAAUAGGAGAAGUUCAUGAGAAUGAUGCUAUUGAUGGCCUCGCCGAGAUGGUUUAUGUGCAGGAACAAGAGAUAGUGGAGGUCUUUGCAGGAUCGGCGGAUAUGGAGGAGUUUGCUCGGGAAGCCGAGGAGAGAGAGAGAGAACGAAGAGACAAACUCCCCAUUGACGAGCCUGUGGAGCUUGAAGAUGCCACGAAGUACAAAAAGCCCAAAUUGGAACUCAAGGAUCUCCCCAAACACCUCAAAUACGUGUACUUGGAAGAAGGAGAGGAGAAGCCCGUGAUAAUAUCCGCCGAGCUCAUGCAUGAGCAAGAAAUGGCGUUGAUGGAAGUGCUAAGGAGCAACAAGUUGGCAUUUGGUUGGGGCCUUGCCGACAUUAGUGGCAUUAGCCCCGCCACAUGCAUGCAUCGGAUUCACCUCGAGGAUGGAGCAACACCUAAGAGGGAUGGUCAACGAAGACUCAACCCCGUCCUCAUGGAGGUAGUACGCAAGGAGAUACUCAAACUAUUAGCGGAAGGGAUCAUUUACCCUAUCGUCGAUAGUGAGUGGGUAAGCCCGGUGCAUGUGGUGCCCAAGAAGGGAGGUAUCACGGUUAUCCUCAAUGACAACAAGGAGUUGGUGCCGACCCGUCCGGUCAUGGGUUGGCGUAUGUGUAUUGACUACAGGAAGCUAAAUGCCGUCACAAAAAAGGAUCAUUUUCCUCUUCCUUUCAUUGAUCAAAUGUUGGAUCGUUUAGCUGGACAUGAUUUUUACUGUUUCCUUGAUGGUUUGUCAGGUUAUUACCAAAUAGCAAUCGCGCCGGAGGACCAGGACAAGACGGCGUUCACCACCCCAUUUGAUACCUUUGCGUGGAAGAGGAUGCCAUUUGGGCUGUGUAUAGAGAGUGGGCUAACUCUUAGUUGGGAAAAGAGUCACUUCAUGGUGACUAGUGGCAUCGUUCUUGGCCAUUUUGUGACAAAAGAUGGUAUAGAGGUUGAUAGGGCUAAGGUGGAGGUGAUUGAAAAAUUACCCCCGCCAAUUGAUGUGAAAGGAAUAAGGAGUUUCCUAGGUCAUGCCGGGUUCUACCGGCAUUUCAUUAAGGAUUUCUCUAAGAUCACCCAACCUUUAUGUCGUCUGCUUGCUCAAGAUGUGAAUUUUGAUUUUGAUGAAACUUGCAUGCAUGCUUUUGAAUUGCUGAAGCUUAAGUUGAGCACUGCACCUGUUGUUGUUGCACCCAAUUGGUCAUUGCCUUUUGAGAUUAUGUGUGAUGCAUCAAACUCCGCUGUGGGAGCCGUUCUUGGUCAACGUGUUGAUAAAAUGUUGCGUGUAAUUUACUAUGCUAGCUUGACUUUGAAUAGUGCACAAGUGAAUUAUACCACCACUGAGAAAGAGUUGCUUGCUGUGGUUUUUGCUUUAGACAAGUUUCGUGCUUAUAUCAUCGGGUCUAAAGUAAUCGUCCAUAGUGAUCAUGUGGCUCUAAGAUAUUUGUUGACUAAGUCCCAAGCUAAGCCACGCCUUAUCCCUUGGAUUUUAUUAUUGCAAGAGUUUGAUCUUGAGAUUAAGGAUAGGAAGGGGAGUGAAAACUCCGUUGCCGAUCACUUAUCUAGACUUGAGCAUAAUGUGGUUGAGACGAGUCAAGAUGUCAUCCAUGAGUCCUUCCCGUUUGAGCAUACUUAUGAAAUUGCCUCUGUGCCUUGGUUUGCUGAUAUUGUCAAAUACCUUGCUUGUGGGGAAUUAAGACCCGAUCUAACAUCCCAAGAGAGGAAAAAGUUUUUGGCUACUUGCAGGCAAUAUUAUUGGGAAGACCCUUACCUCUUCAAGUUGGGAAAGGACGAGGUGAUUCGGAGAUGCAUCCCGGAUGUGGAGUAA